CGGAGGCGGCCGUGGGGUUCGCCCGCCUGCUUGUUCGCCUGGUUUCCCCGCCCCCGCCGGUUUCGCCGCAGCUGAAGGGAGCCGGGUGCGCGCUGUCGUAACCUGCCCUCAUCCUGGCCAGCCACAGGAAGACCAGACCGGUAUCUAGACCAACCUCCCUAUCAGGGCGGCUGCGGCGCGGGCUCCACGGGGCGCAGGCAGGCGGCCCGGGCGCCUGAAGGUUACUGAGUGCAUGAGCGCCUAGUCUCCCGCGCUGCCCCGCCCGCCGGCCCGCCGGCCCGCCCGCCGGCUUGCCCGCCAGCCCCUCGGCGCCCGGCGGCGGCGGCGGCGGCGGCGACGGCCGCAGGAGGCGCCGUUUCCCUCCCAGGUGCGCGCUUCGCUCCCGGAGCCGCGGAACUCGGCGGCCGCCAUGGCGUCCAAUAUGGACCGGGAGAUGAUCCUGGCGGAUUUUCAGGAUACCUGAGAAACCAGUUUGGUCAUCAGAAUAUGGAUUGGUAAAUAGGGAAGCAGAGCAGAACAAAGUGCAUGGAUUGGUUUGGAGGAUAGCUUACCCAGGCUAUGGCAUGUACUGGCAUUGAAAACAUUGAUGAAGCUAUUACAUUGCUUGAACAAAACAAUUGGGACUUAGUGGCAGCUAUCAAUGGUGUAAUACCCCAGGAAAAUGGCAUUCUACAAAGUGACUAUGGAGGUGAGGCCAUACCAGGACCUGCAUUUGAUCCAACAAGUCACCCAACUUCAGCUCCCGCUCCCGCUUCUUCCUCAGCAUUUCGACCUGUAAUGCCAUCUAGGCAAAUUGUAGAAAGGCAACCUCGGAUGCUGGACUUCAGGGUUGAGUACAGAGACAGAAAUGUUGAUGUGGUACUUGAAGACAGCUGUACUGUUGGAGAGAUUAAACAGAUUCUAGAAAAUGAACUUCAGAUACCUGUGUCUAAAAUGCUGUUAAAAGGCUGGAAGACCGGAGAUGUGGAAGACAGUACGGUCUUAAAAUCGCUACAUUUGCCAAAAAACAACAGUCUUUAUGUCCUUACACCAGACUUGCCACCACCUUCAUCAUCUAGUCAUGCUGGUGCCCUGCAGGAGUCAUUAAAUCAAAACUUCAUGCUGAUCAUCACCCACCGAGAAGUCCAGCGGGAGUACAACCUGAACUUCUCAGGAAGCAGUACCAUUCAAGAGGUAAAGAGAAAUGUGUAUGACCUUACGAGUAUCCCUGUUCGCCAUCAGUUAUGGGAGGGCUGGCCAGCUUCUGCCACAGAUGACUCCAUGUGUCUUGCUGAAUCAGGGCUGUCUUAUCCCUGCCAUCGACUUACAGUGGGGAGAAGAUGUUCACCUGCGCAGACACGGGAGCAGUCCGAAGAGCAAAGCACCGAUGUUCAUAUGGUUAGUGAUAGUGAUGGAGAUGACUUUGAAGAUGCUUCCGAAUUUGGGGUGGAUGAUGGAGAAGUAUUCGGCAUGGCAUCAUCUGCCCUGAGAAAAUCUCCAAUGAUGCCAGAAAAUGCAGAAAAUGAAGGAGAUGCCUUAUUACAAUUUACAGCAGAGUUUUCUUCAAGAUAUGGUGACUGCCAUCCUGUAUUUUUUAUUGGCUCAUUAGAAGCUGCUUUUCAAGAGGCCUUCUAUGUGAAAGCCCGAGAUAGAAAGCUUCUUGCUAUCUACCUCCACCAUGAUGAAAGUGUAUUAACCAACGUGUUCUGCUCACAAAUGCUUUGUGCUGAAUCUAUUGUCUCUUAUCUGAGUCAAAAUUUUAUAACCUGGGCUUGGGAUCUGACAAAGGACGCCAACAGAGCAAGAUUUCUGACAAUGUGCAAUAGACAUUUUGGCAGUGUUGUUGCACAAACCAUUCGGACUCAAAAAACAGAUCAGUUUCCACUUUUUCUGAUUAUUAUGGGAAAGCGUUCAUCUAAUGAAGUGUUAAAUGUGAUACAAGGUAACACAACAGUGGAUGAGUUAAUGAUGAGACUCAUGGCUGCAAUGGAGAUCUUCACGGCCCAACAACAGGAAGAUAUAAAGGAUGAGGAUGAACGUGAAGCCAGAGAAAAUGUGAAAAGAGAGCAAGAUGAGGCCUAUCGCCUUUCACUUGAGGCUGACAGAGCCAAGAGGGAAGCUCAUGAGAGAGAGAUGGCAGAACAGUUUCGUUUGGAGCAGAUUCGCAAAGAACAAGAAGAGGAACGUGAGGCCAUUCGGCUCUCCUUAGAACAGGCCCUGCCUCCAGAGCCAAAGGAAGAAAAUGCUGAACCUGUGAGCAAACUGCGGAUCCGGACCCCCAGUGGCGAGUUCCUCGAGCGGCGGUUCCUGGCCAGCAAUAAGCUCCAGAUUGUCUUUGAUUUUGUAGCUUCCAAAGGAUUUCCAUGGGACGAGUUCAAGUUACUGAGUACCUUUCCUAGGAGAGAUGUAACCCAGCUGGACCCAAAUAAAUCACUGUUGGAGGUAAAGUUGUUCCCUCAAGAAACCCUUUUCCUUGAAGCAAAAGAGUAAACACGGCCCAGCAGUGGAACCAGCCAUUCCUUGACAAGCCAGAGGCCUGCGUCAAGAGAAGGCUCCUCGCCAACCCACCUACACGCUCGUCUCACUCAAUUCAGUGUCACACUCUGCCUCUUGCAAGAUUGCUGGAAAAAAGUAAUAAUAAACAUAGCUACUUAAAAGUUC